AUGACCGGACGGAAUUACGUGCUUCAGCGUGCCGCUGUCGUUGCUUCUCUGUCAGCUCAGGCUUCCUGCGCCUGCGCUAACAGAGAAGCAUCCCGAGGGAUGAUAGCAGCGGCAGCAACAACAUCGAGCCGCUUCGCUCCGCGUGUUCGCUUCCAGGGAAGGCAUGCUGUCCCGCCGCUCGAGGUGCAACUUGCAUCUGCCUUCUCAGAAACGCGAACGCUAGUGAAACUUGCCACUGCUUCAGCGGCGAGGACGUGGAGGGGCUUUGCCAGUGCAGCGGCAGCAAUAACACACUCGCCAGAAGAUGAAAGGCCGCAAGCGAGCCGCCGACGGCAAAAUCGCGCUGAGCAGCGCCCCCGUAAGAACGCCGCGGUAGCACAUCUGGAGGAAUCAGCGAAUUCAGAAUCAGAAUCUGUGCCAGAUGCGUCACAGGCGGCCGGGAGCGAAACACCAUCCCCCGCUGGAGCAGACAAGCAACAGCAACAGCAGAAAACGCCAGCUGCGCCAGAAGCUACAGCAGAAGGAAAGCGGCAAAAGCAGCAGGCUCGGAAGCUGGAAGCGACCUCUGCGCGCUCAAAGAAGCAGGUGGAAUCACUACAGUCAAAAAGCGUGCCUGGAGGAGCUGCUGGGGCAAGCGUGUCGGGUGCACCUGUCAGCAAAGAAGGUGAGGACAGUUUUAAGAAGGGAGCUGCUGUCGAAAGUUCCCCCCUCUCUCCAGAAGCACCUAGAGACGCGGCAACACAGGCAGGAAGUAAUGCGUCAGAAGCACGGCCACUAGGGCGUGUAUCCGUUUAUGAUAGCUUUUGCGCGAUGUCGGAAGCCACAGCAGAGCCGUCCUUGAAAGAGGCUCUCGGACGGUUUGUAGAAGCAGCAAGAGAACAGAGUCGGCGCACGGGGGCCCUUGCGUGGAGCACCUUCCAGGGGUGGCCACCAAGGUCUAGAAUUAGAGUCGGAGACGAGCACUCCAAGUUUGGCCCUUUGGGAAGGGAGGUCUUCCUCUUUAACCGGCAAUUGGCGGGAGGUGUUUUAGAGCCGUGCCUUGCGAUUAGCUGUGACAAGCGCUGUGUGCUACUGCUGAACGAGGCAGAGUUUAAGGCGCUUGUCAGUCUGCUGCCCUGGAUCAAGCAGGAGCUCGCAGAAACGAAAAAGCUGCUCUGA